ACGGGAGCGCGCGCGCCAGGGGCGGAGCGAGGUAGGGGCUACGCCUCGCGGCGCCCCGCGGGGCCGCCCACCAUGCCGCCCCAACGCCCUGGAUCCGGCCGGGACCGAGGGGGUUUCAGCCCAGGCAGCAUGUCCUGAAGGUCUUCUCUGAAGUCUGCACUCUAGAUUAGCUGGCGGUCCUGCUGUGUGGUGCCAUAGUUUCAUAGAUACGACUUUUUCAAGCCCUCCUCACUGUGAAUUGCUAUAAGAGAAUAAAAGACCAUGCCUUGAAUUCUCUCAGCUAAACAUAUUGCAUUCCAUCAAAGAUUUAUUUUCUCCCCAAAUGGACAUUGUUUUGAUGAUGUAUACAAGAAACAACCCUUCCUGUGCUGAGCCACUGUUUGAGCAGAAUAACUCACUUAAUGUUAAUUUCAAUACAAGCAAGAAAACAGUCUGGAUUAUUCAUGGAUACAGACCAAUGGGCUCCACUCCUAAAUGGCUUCAGAACUUUCUAAAGGUUUUGUUGAAUCACGAGGAUCUGAAUGUAAUUGUAGUAGACUGGAACCGGGGUGCUACAACUUUUAUUUACAACAGAGCAGUUAAAAACAUCAGAAAAGUUGCUGCUACUUUGGGUAUAUACAUUCAGAUUCUUUUGAACCAUGGAGCGACUCUUGAUAAUUUUCAUUUCAUAGGUAUGAGCUUAGGGGCUCAUGUUAGUGGAUUUGUUGGAAAGAUAUUUCAAGGUCAACUUGGAAGAAUAACAGGUCUUGACCCAGCUGGGCCAAAGUUCUCUGGACAGCCAUGUGAUUUCAGAUUAGAUUACACUGAUGCAAAGUUUGUGGAUGUCAUCCAUUCUGAUAUCAAUGUGCUUUUCUUCUCAGGUUUAGGCAUUAAUGAACCUUUGGGACAUAUAGAUUUUUAUGCAAAUGGAGGAAAAAAGCAACCUGGCUGUCCCAAAUCCAUUUUUUCAGGCGUUGCAUUUAUUAAAUGCAGUCACCAGAGAGCCGUUUACUUGUUCAUAGCAUCUUUGGAAACAACCUGCAAUUUUAUUUCAUUUCCUUGUCCUUCAUACAAAGAUUUCCAUGCUGGUUCAUGUGUGGACUGUGAUGACUUCAAGGAAAAAUCAUGUCCUAGGCUAGGUUAUCAAGCUGAGCUAUGGAAAGAUGUUUUAAAAGAAAGAAAAGAAAAAAGAUUUCUCAGGACCACUGUGUUUUUGGAUACUACUGGCACAAAACCAUUCUGCAGCUAUUAUUUUGUUCUCAGUAUAACUGUUCUGGAUAACAAUAUGAAAAAUGGCUGUAUUACAUUUAAGUUAUUAAACCAGCUUGGAAUGGUUGAAGAGUCAAGGGUCUAUGAGAAGAACAGAUCAUUUUAUCAACUUCAAGAAGUCAAGAUUCUUGCUCAGUUUUCAAAUGAUGUUGUAAAUAUUUCAGGCAUUGGUUUGGGAUAUUUUCAGAGCUCAAAUUGGCAAUGUUUCCAAUGUAAUUACAACAUCCACCGUGUCAUGGUACAAUCACUUACCUAUCCAGAAAGAUGGGGUUCAAUGGCUGAAAACUCUAUCACGAAGCAUAUCAUCAUAGAAGAUAGAAGUCAUCAGGACUUUCAAUGAUUUUUCUCUUUAUUUUUAUUUGGGAAGAGAAAAAAAAUCCAUUUGUAUCUAUUAUAUAUCAGAGUCUAGACAUCAUGGAGAUUCAACCCUAGGCAUAUAUUGACAUAAGUGAAGCUCUAGCAUAUAUACAAUAACAGCAGGAGGAAAGUCUGACUCCUAUGCCUUGGUUUCUCUGUUACAUCACAAAUAUCUCCAUUACACAAAAAUGUGAUACUAUCCUGACUUGAUGGGGAUAUUUGAAGACGAUAGACUGUAUCAGUAUUUUUCUUUGUCCAUUUAAUAUGCUUUUCUUAGUUCCAUGUUCUCACAACUGAAGAGAUUUUCCUACUAUCCUUGUGCCCAUGAUAUUGAUGUACAUGUUCACCAUGACAGAAUUCAUAUUCCCACAGAAAUACCUCUGUGAAAACAUUAAGAACCACUAAGACCCCUUUAAUGAGUUGACCAUCUGUCAAUUUGGAUAUGUGAGAUGUGAGUUGUUCCAACUGUGAGUGCCAACUGAGAGUCAAUAGCAAUGGGUUUGUGAAUUGCUAGAAAUCACUCUUCUUUAGUUGACUGUAGAUCUUUCUUUUUAUUUCUCUUUAUUUUUCUGUAUUUGUAUAUUUGAUUCUCUAGUUACCUUUAUAUGAAUGUUGAACAGAGUAAAUAAGAAGUUUUGGAGAAUAAAAAUAAUAAAUGACAAGAACAUGCAUUUAGAUGAGGUCUAUAUUAACAGAGGAAAACUGGAUUGUUUGAAGUGUAAAUUAUUUUGUAACCUUUGGUAUGAGAAUAUUUAGUCACUCAAAAGUCAAUAAUUAAGAUGUCAUUAUAGUAGAAAAAAUCUCAGGGUUAUUCUACUUUUCUUUGCCUUUGAUUGAAAUACCUACCAAAAAUGCCAAAAUAUUUGAAAUUUUCAGCUAGAAAUAUUAGCAAUAUUAUUCCCUGCCAGAGUAUACCAAAGACAGAGAGAGAGAGAGAGAGAGAGAGAGAGAGACAGACAGACACACACACACACACACACACACACACACACACGCACAUUAGGGGGUAGGUAAUGUUUAAAGGACUAGUCUCAAGAUUUGUAAUCUUCAACUGAUCUCUGUAUUUAUUAUCUUAAACAUGCAAAUAUUCUGGUAAACAUAAGAAUGCAGACUAUACUUGUGUUUCCAAAAGCUAGGUUUUAAAGGGACCAAACUUGUUACACCAUCAUAGCCUCCUAAUUUCCCCCAUUAAUACUCCUCUGAGCUUAAGGAAGGUAUGAACAGAGAAGUUUAGAGGUUGUAGUUUUAUACCUUCUGUCUGGUACUUAAGUGUAAAGAAUUCAUAUUGUCCCUGAAUGAAGUCUUUUCCCUAUAUAUCACAACUGGAAAAAGAAAAAGAAUUUUCUCUUCAGUCUAGAAGCAUAUAAUGUAAGCUUUGGCCAGACACCAGGUAUUAGCUAGAACCUUUAUACAUAAAAUAGCACAGAAGCUCAAGAUGAGAAAGAGAAGUUUAAUUACAUACACAAGGACAAUAACAGGAACUAAGAAUAAUCCACCCUUUGUUUAUAUGGGCAAAUGAUAGGACUGGAUACUGCUUUUAUCAUUUAAGCAAAAGUGAACAGGAAAAACACAAAAAACGAUAACAACAACAGUGACAAUGACAACAACAAAAUGCUGCCUAUUUCAGCAUAAGCAACAUAGAAAAAAAAAGAUCUAACAAUCAAGAUUUAGAAAUAAGGUUGACCCUUUAAAAGAUUUAUUAUAGGAAAUAGAUGGAAAUUGUACAAAUCAUUGCUUGGUGUUCUUAAUAAUAUUUAAGAAAACAGUAAUUCAUUAAAGAACAAGAGAAGAGCACUUGUUUGUGAUUAUGAAACAGCUGACUAUGAUGCAGAGUGAGCUCACCGUUAAACUAAAGACAGUAUCAAGUUUAGUAUCAACAUUAAAAAUAAAAAAUAGAAUUGAUCACUAAUGUAAAAAACUCAUUUCAUAAUAAUUUACAGAAUAAGGUGAUAUACAUAAUAUAAAAGAUUGAGGAACAAUUGUUGGGAAAAAAUAAUUGAAAUGCAAAAUAUAGCUAUCUGGUGUUGUUGAAGAGGAGACACAACAGAAGAACUAAGUGCAGAUGUAAUACAAGAAAACUGUCUUCAGAAGAAGAUACAGAUCGCAAAUUGAUAGAGUAAACUAAGAACCAGAAACUAAAAGAGACCAAUCUUUAGACUCACUCUUAUAUAUUUUAUUUUUUAAAAUUUGGUGAUAAAGAGAGAAUUCUGGGGGUGCCUGGGUGGCUUAGUCGGUUAAGUGUCCAACUUUGACUCAGGUCAUGAUCUCACAGCCCAUGAGACC